AUGACCCCCUUCAGUUGCGGGGUCGUAGGACAGGAGGGGAUGUUCACGCCUGCUGUCUGUAUCGCCCUGCAGAUGAGCUGGGUGGGAGGAUUGGCUGGCAGCCCUGAGCUGGCGUUCCUGGUGGAGCCCAGUGAUGUCAUCGCAGUGAGGGACCGCCCCCUCAUGCUGGACUGCCAGGUGGAGGGGGAGGGGCCUAUCUCAGUGACCUGGCGGAAGAACGGGGUUGCAAUGGUGACGGGGCAGAGAGCCAGCAUCCUGGUCAAUGGCUCUCUGCUGAUCCAGAGCUUCCACAAGCGGCGCGACGGCAACGAGACGGACGCGGGAGAGUAUGAAUGCGCCGUGCAGAACCGCUAUGGCAUGCUGCUGAGCAGGAGGGCACGCGUGCAGCUGGCAUCUCUCCCCAAGUUCCACACUCACCCCCAGUCGAUGCUGGUGGAGGAGGGAGGCGUGGCUCGGUUUCAGUGCCAGGUCCAGGGGGUCCCAGAGGCUGUGAUCAGCUGGGAGCAGAACCGCACAGCUCUGCAGACCAACGACCUGAGGUACACCCUGCUCCCCGCCGGCAUUCUUCAAAUCACUGGAGUGCGCCGCUCAGACUCUGCCCUCUACCGUUGCGUGGCGACCAACAUUGCAAACACGCGCUACAGCCACGAGGGGCAGCUCAACGUGUCUGUUACGGUUCCGAAGACCUACAAAGAGCCAUUCAUCCUCUCCGGUCCUCAGAACCUGACUCUCACCGUUCACCAGACCGCCAUCUUGGAGUGCAUCGCCACGGGCAACCCUCGACCAAUCGUCUCCUGGAGCCGGCAGGAUGGGCGCUCCAUCGGCGUGGAAGGGAUCCAGGUUCUUGGGACGGGGAACCUGAUGAUUUCGGACGUGUCGCUCCAGCACUCGGGGGUGUACGUGUGUGCAGCGAACCGGCCCGGGACCAGAAUGAGACGGACUGCGCUGGGGAGGCUCGUGGUUCAGGCCCCGCCUGAGUUCCUGCAAUGGCCGCAGUCCUCCUCCAGGCCAGCAGGGAGCAGUGCAGUGUUCAGCUGUGUGGCGCAGGGGGUUCCCGAGCCCCAUCUCAUCUGGCUAAAGAAUGGCAAGAUCCUGACUCCAGGAGAAAACGUCAAGCUCACCAGCAAUAACAGCACUCUGGCCAUCACUCGCAUCACCUCGGAGGACGAGGCGAUCUACCAGUGCAUUGCAGAGAAUGGAGCCGGCACCAACCAGGCCAGCGCCCGGCUGGCAGUGUCCCUGUCCAGGGAGCUGCCGGACUCCCCGGAGAAGCUGUCCGCCUCCCCCCUCUCCAGCACCUCAAUCCAGGUGACCUGGGCACAGCCCCCCACGGAGGUGACCGACGGCAUCAUCGGAUACGUCCUGCACAUCCGCAAGAUCGGGGAGCCGGACAGUCAGGAGCUGCAGGAGGCCGUCAGUAAGACCACGUUCCAGCAUCUCUUCAGUAACCUGGAGGCCUCCACCACCUACUCCAUCUACCUGAAGGCUUACUCCCCGCUCGGGGCCAGCAAGCGGUCCCUCAGCGUUGUGACAACCACCUUGGGAGAUGUUCCAGCCACGUGUGGCUUCUUCACUAAGGUGCUGAACUCCAGCGCUGUGCAGGCUUUCUGGGAGCUGCCUCACAAGCCAGGCCGCGUGCAGGGCUUCAAGCUGUACCACCGCAGGCUGCCUCAGCCGGACUUCCAGGGGCCACAGCUGCUCCCCAGCACCAGCAAUGCCUUCGUGUUCACCCAGCUCGAGCCCAUGGCUGUGUAUGAGAUCAAGCUGUUGGCUUACAAUGGAAACGGGGAUGGAAACGGCACGGUCCGCAUCGUCUCAAUGAGGGAGGAGGACAGCAGUGACAAGACCAGAACGGGCAGCGAGGCGGGAUGUAACUGCAGGCAGGACAGCGAGGGCUCCAUGACAGGGAUCGUGGUGGGAAUCCAUAUCGGCAUGGCCUGCAUCAUCUUCUGUGUGCUCUUCCUCAUGUUUGGGUACCGGAGGAGUCUGUUCUGCAGGAAGGGGACCCAGGACAGCUGGGCAGUGCCGCAGGGGACAGAGGCGGCUCAAGGGACUCAGCUCAACGUCGGACACAAGAAAGGAGUCGGCCAACCAGCUGAAGCCAUUGAGCUUGUCACACAGAACCAGUCAUCAGCACAGACACAGCGUCCUUCACAGUGUGAGGUCCUGAUUGAACAACACCAGCCUGGACAGCCAGGCUAA